AUGACAUCACCCACCUUCGACAAGUCUACCCUUGAUCUCAAGGCAGACGCGCUCGUCCCGGCGGACGCAAUGGCCAUCGGUAGUGAGACAAAUGGCGUCCACGAUGUUCUCUUCGAUGAGCCCAUCAAUGGCGCCGACCCUAGCGCGACUGGAGAAUCCAAACCAAUCACCAACGGCGAUCACAUGGCUUCAGACGUACCACCACCUGCCGUAGAGCCUGCCGUUCAGCCUGCCACGAAUGUCUCUAGUGGCAUCGACGGUGUCGCACAGUUUCUGCCCGACCAGACAGAUAGCAAUUCGCUCUUUGGUGACGAUGAUAUCGUGCAGUCGGUAACAGAAGCCACCGAGGCGCCCAUCUCGGACGUUCGCGACGAGCCAGCACCAGCGUCAUCUGCAGAUGCCAUGCCAACCGAGACCCAAACGACGAGUGAAAGCACACAGCAAGUGCUCGAGACUCAAAUCGCACCUUCGAUCGAGGCAGCAUCUGCCGACGCAAUGGACACCGCCGCCGACGCACCCGAGGACUCGAAGUCUGCGCCACCUACCAAGCCGAUGAAGGAGCUCUCCAUACAACCAGAGUCUACGUCCAUACCUGCAAAAACAGAGCCAUCAGCGGAUGCGGACCGGGAGAUGGAAGAUGCGCCACAAUCUGGGAAAGUGCGGCCGCGAGAAGACUUUGAGGAGGAUAUCGAGGAUAAUGCGCCCGAAGCGAAGCGCACCAAGACCGAGGAAGCGUCGAGCUCGCAGGUAGACAUCAAGUCCGAACUACCGGCGCAGCUUGUGCAGACCAAUGGCGGCAGCAGCACCCCGCGAGGCGAUGGAACAGCUACACCUAGAGGCGUGGCUACGGUGAUCUCGUCGGAACCAUCCGGGGUGCAUCGCGCUGCUGACUACGAGGCGUGGCCGACGACCCCCAUGACGCAGGCGCAGAACAAGUUCUUGCUCGAGCGCAUAAGAAACACGAAGAAGAUCAAGGUGUCUCUGGCGUUCAAGGACCCUGUGGAUCCGGUCGCGCUCAACAUACCCACCUACCCGACCAUUGUAACGAAACCGAUGGACCUGACGACGAUGGAAGGAAAGCUGAAGGAAAACAGAUACACCUACGUAAGGGAGUUUAUGGAGGACCUCGAUCAGAUGAUUGAGAACAGCGAGUUGUUCAACAACAAGCAGCAUCCCGUCACACAGGCCGGGUACAACCUCCGCGCAUACUUCCUCAAGGGCAUGGGCAAGAUGCCGAGGGGCGGCGUAGACGAGCCGCAGAAGCCGGUCAAGGCCAAGAAGCCGUCGGUGAGCACAGCGCCCAAGGCAGCGGCCAGACGCGAGUCGAAGCCGGUACCACCUACCGUGAAGUCGCCGGCUGCGGCCGUAGCAGCAUCCCCCCAAGCCGCAUGGCCUCUUGGACAGGAUGGCAUGCCCCUCAUACGGCGCGACUCUACUAGUGCGAACGAUCGUCCUAAGCGAGAGAUCCACCGGCCGUCGAAGGAUUUGCCCUACACGAAUGCCAAGCCUCGCAAGAAGAAGUACCAGCAGGAGCUCAAGUUUUGCGAGAGCGUGCUGAACGAGAUCAUGAAGCCCAAGUACCAGGCGGUGACGUAUCCGUUUGUGGUGCCGGUGGAUCCUGUAGCUCUGAACAUUCCGUCGUAUCUCAAGAUCAUCAAGAAGCCCAUGGACUUUGGGACGAUUGAGAAGAACUUCAAGAACGGGGUGUACCAGAGCGCAAAGGACUUCCACGCAGACUGCCAGCUCGUGUUCCAAAACUGCUACAAGUUCAAUCCCGAGGGCGACGCGGUGAACGCCAUGGGCCAUCAGAUGGAGGACCUGUUCAACAAGUUUUGGGGCGAGAAGGCGGCGUGGUUGGAGCAGCAUGCGCCGGCGCCCGAGCAGUCGCCCGAAGUCUACUCUGACGAGGAAGACGACGAGGACGAGGAAGAGGAAGAGGAGGUGGAUGCGGCCCAGGCGCAGUUCCUCGCUCUGCAGGAACAGAUUGCUGCUCUGAACGAGAAGGCGCAAAAGCUGCUCCACGCUCAAAAGGGCACGCGUGCAUCGCCCAAGGCGCCGAGCAAGAAGAAGGCCAAGGUGCCAGCGCCGGCGGUGAAGAAGAAGAGCGUUCCGCUUGCGGUGCCACCGCCGGUGAAGCCGGGCAAGGCCAAGGCCAAGCCACCGCAGCCGUUGAGCUUUGCUCAGAAGCAGGACAUCUCCGAGGGCAUCAGCACGCUCGGGGAUGCUGACAUGAGGCGCGCGGUGCAGAUUAUCCGAAACGGGUGCCCACACCUGGCCAACGUGCAUGACGAUGAGAUGGAGCUCGACAUGGACGAGAUCAACGACGAGACGCUGCGCGAACUGCUCAAGUUCAUCAAGUCGCUCCGUGGGCCCAAGGGAGGCGUGUCUGUGGCCGACGACGACUUUGAGCCGCCGCGGCCGGUGCACAAGCAGUCGACAGCCAGCCGGCCGAAGAAGAACAAGCCCAUGGGCAAGACGGAGCAGGAGGACAACAUGCGCAAGAUCCAGGAGAAGCUGCAGUCGUUCCAGGGCGGGGCAUCGGGUAGCAGCCAGUCUCCACCGGCGCAUGAAGAGGAGAGCAGCGAUGACGACAGCGGGUCGGAGAGCGAGGAGGAGUAG